AUGAAUAAAGUGGAUUACUCAACGUCGACCGCGCUCAUUACCGGACCCACGAGCGGCAUUGGUCGCAGCAUCGCGUUCGAAAUCGUCUCCAAGGGCAUCGCACGCCUCGUACUUGUUGGCAGGCAACAGUCGAAGCUCGACCAAACCGCUGACGAGCUCCGCCAAAAGUGCAGCGCCCGUCAAGAGAUCCGCACCAUCCUCGCUGACCUCACCGAGCGCGAAGCUGGCGCUAACGUGCAGUCCAAGGUCGACGAAUGGGGCUGGUCUAUCGACAUCCUGAUCAACAACGCUGGCGUCGCUAGGAAAGCCAGCUUCGCUUCGAAGGACGACAAUGCUCUCGACUGCGUCGACACGUUGGUCCGCAUCGUCAUCGAUCUUUCGAGCCGCUUCCUUCCAGGCAUGCUGGAGCGUCGUCGUGGUGGCUUGCUCAACAUUGGCUCCACCGCCGCUUAUCAGCCUGUGCCUUGGACGGCCACGUACGCAGCAUGCAAAGCUUUCCUCCUCUCUUGGUCGCAAGCCGUGCGUCAAGAGAAUCUUGAAUCUGGCGUUCGUAUUGCCUGCAUUGUCCCCGGCAUCACAAAGACCAAUCUCAACGGUCAGGGCGGCGGCGAAGUACGCGGCCUUCUCGACUAUGUCGGCAUUCAUAAAUCGGACGACGUCGCCAAGGCCGCCCUUGACGCUUUCGAGCGCAACAGCGCUGCCAAGAUCCUUGGUCUCAACAACCAGCUGCUUCGUCUAUCUGGCGUGCCUGUGCCGGCAUCUGUCAUGGCUCGCGUUGUCGCUACGUCCAGGGGCGCUCCUGUCGCCUAA